AGACACUUGCUGACAGCCAUUUUCUCGCGGAAUUUUCUCCCACAGCUCAACCCCAGACAUGCCCCUGAGACCCACCGCUACCACUACUCGGCCCGCUUGCUUGGCCACACUUUCACUCAACUCGCUCGCUUUUAAUUCAUGGUGGAUACCACGAGCCUAUCACCUCCCUCUGCCUCGAAUUCACCCCUCACGCCAAUUCCCUGACUGCCGAUCCCCGGCUCUCUUUUACACCUCGUCCCGACGACAGGAACAGACACCUCUUCCCCGCCCCCGCACUCUCCCCCCUGAAUCCAAUUCCCCUACUUCUUUCGCCCUUGAUUUGGAGACUCAGUUGUCACUCAGCACACAUCCUCCCUCCGAAUCCCAAAUCUUGUUUGCUUUAACGGCGUGUCAGAACUUUGUGAAUUCUCAGUUAAAGCCUACGAGCAACGGAAUAUACAGAAUAACUCCUACAUCCGCAAUACUAUCCCUAGCUGAGUGCUCCCACCUUACUCCACUCCGUUCACUCCAGCCGCCAACGCGGUCCUCUCAGUUUCACGCGACUCCGGAUUCUUGUCUCCGGGAUAUCUCAGAACAGAAUAAGGUUUUCUUUUCCCCAAUCACAGACCUAGCCUUCAAGCUUAUCUCUCACACCGCCACUUUUAUUUCCCCAAAAGUGCUCUCGGUCUAUGUUUCCCUUCAAUCGGUGAUCAAGGACCCCACGCUCAUCCCAGCCGUCUUUUCUCUCUAUGCCCGAAAAUCGUAUACACCUCCUGGUACCAAGAAGGUAAUUAUUCCAAAUGCCAACCAUUCCAGCAACGCAAUUCCCCGAGACACGGCCGAUGCUGCGCUCCGCGCAGCAAUUGAAGUCAAAGAUAUGUCUCUUUGCCUUGAUAUAAUCGAUACCUCAUACGGGCUUCCGGCAUUCCGCAGUGCAAAGCUGAUUCGGGAAGCUGCCCCAGUGGCAAUUCUAGCUUGCCUUAUGCCACCCGUUGCCUAUGUCAUUGGGGAUAUCCUCGCAGGAUACCAGGACGAGGUGGAUCAUUCUCAUGCGCUAGGAUUUGCAUUCGCUGGCAUACUGGCUUAUAUCACCUUCACUGCCGGCCUUGGUAUUGUCACAGUUACUACCGCAAACGACCAGAUGGUUAGGGUCACUUGGGCGAUCGGGACUCCUCUAAGGCUCAGGUGGUUACGGGAGGAGGAACGGGCUGCUUAUGACCGGGUUGCUCAGGCAUGGGGCUUUGAUGACCCCAUAAAGAGAGGAUUUGAGGAAGGGGAAGAGUGGGAAUUACUCCGCGAAGUAGUAUUCAGGAAGAGCAUGAUCCUGGACAAUCCAGAUUUGAUGGAUGGCAUGGAGUGAUCUUGGAAAAAUGUACUUGUAUAAUACUUGAACACCCCCUGUUCCCCUCCCAAAAAUCUCCAUAGCCAUCCCAUUUCAUAGCACAGCAUAGCGGAGAUCUAUGUUAAAUUCAUCGCUCGGUACAAUCCAUAACCGCCCGUUUUCUUACACU